AUGUCCAGCCUCCGCCUCGGCAGCAUCGCCCCCGACUUUGAGGCAGAAACCACGCAGGGCCCGAUCCGGUUCCACGAGUGGAUCGGAGACUCCUGGGCGAUCUUGUUCUCGCAUCCUGGAGAUUUCACCCCCGUGUGUACGACGGAGCUCGCCGAGGUGUCGCGAAAGGCACCCGAGUUCGCGAAGCGCAACGUGAAGGUGAUUGGCAUCUCCGCGAACGGCCUGCAGGACCACGCGAAGUGGAUCGAGGACAUCAACGACUUUGGCACAAAAUUCCUGGGGCCGACGAAUGUCCAGUUCCCCAUCAUUGCGGAUGCGGACCGUAAGAUCUCGACGACGUACGACAUGCUCGACGAGCAGGACGCGACGAACCGCGAUGCGAAGGGCCUGCCGUUCACUAUCCGCACUGUCUUUGUAAUUGAUCCCAAGAAAGUCAUCCGGCUUACGAUUGCUUACCCCGCGUCCACCGGGCGCAACUUUGACGAAAUCCUUCGGGUCGUGGAUUCGCUGCAGCUCGGCGACAAGUACCGCGUCACGACACCGGUGAACUGGAAGAAGGGCGAUGAUGUGAUUGUGCAUCCCUCUGUGUCGAACGAGGAGGCGAAGACGCUGUUCCCGGAUGUCACGUUCCACAAGCAAACAUACCUCCGGACGACGCCGCUCAAGGCCGAGUGA